AUGCCUUCCGACACGGUCAAGCCCGGCUACAUCAGUAAGCCGGAUUCCACUAAGUACCCUCACAACUCGCCGGGCCAUAACUCAAACAUCGGGUACGGUAAGCCUCGAGAGCCUUCCACCGAUGCCUCCAACUCCAGCUCUGGCUCAAGCAACCCCUACACGAAGCCCUCUUCGGGGGAUACUUUCAUGGGGAAGAAGUAG